AUGAGUAGAACCGCGAGGCCCACGGGCCCUUGCAGGGGCGGCUUGUACGUCGUCGAGGGCGAGGUAUGCCUCCUGGUGACAGCGAUGCGACGAGGCGCCCGAUGGUCGUCACACUCGCACCAGGACGACGAUCAAGAUACUCUUAUGAAGGGCUUGAAUACCUUAAAGGAAGUGUUGAACGAACACAGAGAUCUAUCUCAAUUGGAACCUGCUGUUUUUCUUACUCCUUUCCUGGAAAUUAUAAGAUCUGAAGAAACUACAGGACCUGUGACUAGUCUAGCGCUGUCUGCUGUUAAUAAGAUAAUUUCUUAUGGUCUUGUUGAUUCUAAUCAUCCUGCCAUAGCCACUUGUGUAGAAGCUAUAGCAGAUUCUGUUACACACGCGAGAUUUGUCGGCGCAGAUGCAUCUGGCGAUGGGGUGGUCCUUAUGAGAGUCUUGCAAGUUUUGAGAGCCCUCAUGCUGUCAUCCGCUGGUGAUCAUCUUUCCAAUGAGAGUGUGUGUGAAAUUAUGCUAAGUUGCUUCAGGAUAUGUUUCGAAACUCGUCUCAGUGAAAUACUUCGUAAAACGGCGGAGCAUUGCCUGAGGGACAUGGUUCAGCAUUUGUUCACAAGAUUACCUCAAUUCGUCGAUGAUACCAGAGUUUUGUUAAAUAUGAAAAAAAUGAGAACAAACAACAUGGAAAAUACUCGUAGCAAGAAUAGAAAACACAAAAGUUAUGCAAAGCAGAAAGUCAAGUCUACCCUGGACGACAGUGAGGAAAAGGAAUCACAUAUUACAAGUUCAGUUGAUAAAAUACGAGCUGGUCACUUGGCCACCACACCAGUCUCACCAGUCGGCAAUAUCGUUGACAUGCAGGGAUCUUUGAAUCAUGGAAGUAUCGAUAAAAAUGAGGAUGAAAAGAGUGAGAGCAAGAUUAAUACUAGCAAAGAUAACGCUAAAGACGGGAGCGACUGUAUCAAAGUGGAUAAUCAGGAGGCUAGUAAGAAACAGGAGGUUGAAAAAGAUGGAAGCAGUAAAGAUGGCAAGAAUGAGAUGGAAACAGUCGAAGCGAAUAGCGCACCUGAAAAUAUCAGUGUGGAAAAUAAAGUUGCAGCUUCAGAGGAAAGUAAGAGUGUGGAGAAGGAAGAUGGAGCUGUUGAUCAGAAAAUCACAGAUCAAUCCGAAUCUUCGAUCAAGCAAUCUGCCUCGGAAAAUCAAGGUGACGAAGAAAAAAGCAUCGAUUUAGCGCAAUCUCCGACUGGUAGCGUAGAAGACUUAUCAAUAGACGAAAACGUAACUAAAACAUCUAAAGCAAAAGAGUCCGAGCAAAUUGAGGAGUAUGUGAAUAGUCAGGGUGUCCGAUUUAUUCCAUUGCAGCAUCGGGCGCCGUACGGCGCGUUAUGUGUUCGUGAACUGUUUAGAUUUCUCAUUUCCUUGUGUAGCCCUCUUGACAAGCAGAACAAUGAAAUUAUGACCCAUUUGGGUCUUAGCUUAUUACAAGUAGCAUUAGAGAUUGCCGCAGACGCUCUAUCCAAUUUCUCGUCCCUACUUGCGCUCGCAAAGGACGACUUGUGUAGGAAUCUAAUCUUGCUACUCGGAACAGAUAGAUUGUCGAUUCUCGCCGUAAAUCUUCAAGUAUCAUACUUGCUGUUCGAGUCGCAAAGAGAACACCUGAAAUUUCAGUUGGAACAUUAUUUAAUUAAAUUAAUGGAAAUAGUUGUUUCUGAAUCUAACAGAAUAUCGUAUGAGCAACGGGAAUUAGCGCUUGAAGCUAUAGUAAGAUUGUGGAGAAUACCCGGCUUGCCUGCUGAGCUAUAUUUAAAUUAUGAUUGCGGACUUUACUCUACAAACUUGUACGAGGAACUCAUGAAAAUGUUUUCCAAGAACGUUUCUGUACCAAUGAUCAACGGUAUGCAUACCAUGCAAUUGAUUUCCUUGGACGCUAUAAUAAUGCUGAUCGUCGGCAUGGAUAUUCGUUGCAAAGGCUGCAAGGAAUUGUGCAAGCCAUCACGUCAUGAGGCGUCAUCAACUCUACCCACACGUGAAGAUUUACUCGCUACAAAAACGAACAAGCGGUGGUUAGUUCUUGGCACUGAAAAGUUCAACGAGAAUCCGCGGGAGGGUAUCGCGAAACUUACGGAGCACGGUCUGCUGAGUGGUACUUCAGGUCAUUCGGAUCCUGAAAAAAUUGCGAAACUCUUGAGAGAGAAUCCUGGUUUAGAUAAGAAAGCGAUCGGCGAAUACAUCAGCAAGAAAGAAAAUAAAAUCAUUCUCAAUUAUUUCGUGCAUAAUUUUGACUUGAGAAAUACUCGAAUCGAUCAAGCCUUGCGACUUUACCUAGAAUCGUUCAGGUUACCUGGGGAAGCUCCUCUUAUAUCUCUUCUACUUGAGAAAUUUGCUGACCAUUGGCAUGAAAGCAACGGUAGACCUUUCGCUUCGGCUGAUGCUGCCUUUACGUUGGCUUACGCAGUGAUCAUGUUGAAUGUCGAUCAACAUAAUUAUAAUGUGAAGAGGCAAAAUAAUCCUAUGACUGCCGAUGAAUUUAAGAGAAAUUUAAAGAAAGUUAAUGGCGAUACAGAUUUUGAUCAAGAUAUGCUCGAUGAGAUAUAUACUUCAAUUAAAGGGGAAGAAAUUGUGAUGCCAGCUGAACAAACUGGAUUAGUAAAAGAAAACUAUUUAUGGAAGGUUUUACUGAGAAGAGGCUCUGGCCCUGAAAGCAUGUACAUGAAAGUGGGCAAUUCUGGCGAAUUCAUUGAUAAGGAUUUAGCUGAAUCUGCGUGGGGUCCUAUUGUAAGUGCUCUUUGUCGAGCUUACGACAAAACGCCAGAUAUAUCAUUGCAACACAAAGUCGUUACAACAUUCCUCAGUUGUGCGGCGAUCAGCGCUUACCAUGGUAUGUGCAGCGACUUGGAUACGCUUAUAGUGAGUCUUUGCAAGUUCACGAGCCUAAUGAUUGGUGGGAAAUCCGAACAAGUAGUUUUACAUCUCGGUGGGAGCCCAAAGAAUCAAAUGGCCGCUCACACUCUCUUUAAAAUCACGCGUUCACACGGAGACGCCUUGAGGACUUCUUGGAAAAACAUUAUCGAUUGCUUGCAAUCGCUGUACGAGGCGAGAUUAUUGCCGAAAGAUCUCACGGAGGCGGAGGACUUUAUCAAUCCGUCCGGCAAAAUAUCUCUAUUUCGGGAACCGACCCCGCCCAAGUCUUCCCAGGGUGAUCAAGGAUCACUACUUUUCAAUCUUUAUUCUAUGAUCGCUAUGGAUACAUCGCGUCAGCCACAUCCCGUCGAGGCCGCACGUAAAAAGGCUAUGGAAUUUAUUGCCAGUUGUAAUCUCAGAGGCAUCAUAGAAGAAAGCAAAUUCUUUCAGAGUGAAUCGCUCAAUUCUCUCGUUGGUGCUUUGGUAUCGGUGAAUCCUAGCGAUGAGAAUAUAUCUAUAUUUCUAUUGGAGUUGUUGCUGGAAGUAACCAUACAGAAUCGUGACAGAGUAACGUGCAUUUGGCCCGUGGUUCAGAGUCAUUUGGAACGACUGUUAACUGUGGCGGCGCGCGAAAAUCAUCCUUAUUUGCUCGAGAGAGUAGCCGUGGGCAUGCUGAGAUUGGCCAUCAGGCUCUUACGCGGAGAAGAGUUCGCGUGUUUGUCCCCUCUAUUACCUCUGACCACUUUACCAUCUGCGACGACUGCACCGUUGGCUCGACAAAUUGCUUACGGUCUGUUCGAACUACUGAAAACGGGCGCCGCGAACAUCCAUAGCGCGGAAGAUUGGAAGGUGGUAUUUAGCUUGCUGGAGUGCGCGGGUGCCGGCGCGUUGGCGCCUAAGCGAUCCAAUACGGUUUUAGAUGAAACGACGAACGCCCGAGCAUCAGUCCUGGAUCCCAGACCUAUCAGCCCGGUACCGGAAUGGGUGUUGGUGUCGCCGACUGGUACCGAGGCACCGCUUCCGGUAGCUGCUGACACUAUAGUGCUGGCGCGCGAUCUACAGUCACACGACUCAGCGGCGUUCGUCAAAUGCUGCGAGAGCCUGAACUUCCUGGUGCGCGACAUGGCGCACGUAACGCCCUUUAACUUCGAUCUGUGCGUCAAUUGCGUGAGAACUUUCGCCGAGGCGGUACUACAAUGUACGGGCAAACGCAGUAGAGUAUGCAACUCUACGGAAGAAUCGGCUGGUUAUCAACAGAGUCCAGUGCAACUGUUGGAUUUGAUGCACACGCUACACACGAGAAUCGCACAGGUAUUCCGAUGGUGGGCGGAGGAAGGUAGCAUCGACGACGGUAUAUCUCUGUGGCCGCAAGCCUGGCGACCGUUACUGCAAGGUAUCGCACGACUCUGCUGCGACGCCCGUAGACCGAUACGCACGGCGGCGAUCACGUAUCUUCAGAGCACCUUGCUAGCGCAUGAUUUGGCGCAGCUGUCCGCCAUAGAGUGGUCCCAAUGUUUGGAGGAGGUACUGUUCCCGCUGUUGGCGCAAUUAUUAGGUCCGAUUGCAUCCAACGAUCCCAUCGGAGUCGAGGAGACGAGAGUCAGGGCUGCGAUGUUGCUCUCCAAAGUAUUUCUUCACCAUCUGACUCCAUUGUUAACUCUACCCGGUUUCCUGCCGCUGUGGUUAACUGUACUGGAGCUUCUGCGCGCAUACAUGCACGCCGACAAUAGCGAGCUCUUAUUCGAAGCGAUUCCCGAAUCUUUGAAGAAUAUGCUACUAGUAAUGUCAUCAGCUAAUGUUCUGGCGCCGAGUUCCAAUCUUUGGGCACCCACGUGGAGGGCGAUCGAUGCCUUUCUGCCGAAUCUGAAAACGGAGCUCUUCCCGGAACCGCCUGUCGCGGUUUUGGCGCCUCCGCAAUCGCCGUCGAAGCAGUCGUCGCAGCCGCAAGUUAUCAGUUUGGUUGGCCAACAGCAGCCAUUGUCUUUUCCGGGGCCUAUAGCGCCGCAACCAGAAAAUAUUUCCCCUCCGGUUGACGAGUGCUUUAGCGAGAACAACGCAGAUGCGAAAAUUGUGACGCAACCCCUGGAUAUUUUAAAUUCCAGCGGAGUUCCGGUCCCAGUUCCGUUAUCGACAUUGAUAUACGGUACCGAAGGGAAGGAAACGCAGCAAGUGAUCACUCUAGUUAAUCAACCGGCGCCUAGCGUAUCUAGUCCGGUCGCGGUGCAACCAACGGCUCAGAGUUUCUUUGAUAUUUGUUACUCGGCGAACUCUUCGAUUGAAAAGAACGGCACGGAUGAACGGCAGCAAUACCAGCGACAACAGGAGCAGCAACAUUUCCAUCAUCUCCAACAGCAACAACAAUCAGCUCCGCCAAGCGAAGAAGAACACAGCAAGCUGACGAAGGGCAUGGAGCAAAACGUCGGUUUGACAGACGAAAAUCGUGAUUUAAUACUUGCGAUGAAAAAAUAUGAGGAAUGGAAACAACAACAGGAGCAGCAACAGAUACUGAUGCAGCAACAGUGUACGCAGCACGCACAGUCGGCGCAGUACCAGCAUUCGACGACGGAGAAUUCCCCGUACCGCGUGGAUCCAUCUGAGACGAUGACAGUAGAUUCCACGGGGACGACGACGUUUAACUCCGCGACAUAUUUUAACGAGGAUCCGGCGACGGAUCUCCUCUUCGUCGUUACUAAUCCUUGACCACUGUAUAUUUCUUAUGUAUAAAUUGUAUUAUAUAAAAUAUUUCUACAAUGCGCGUGAUUAUAUUCCAUGUAGAACAUUAUUGAGAGUGAUUAAUUAUAGACGAGAGGGAAUAAGAGUGUAGGCGCAGAGUCAUUGUAUCUUUGGUUUGUAUAUUUGGAAAGCACUCAUUAUAUACAAAUAAUAUAUAUAUAUAUAUGUACUAUACGCGUUAUUGUUAGGAUUAUCGCGUGUUAUAUAAUCUUAGCAAUAACACCAUGAUACGAGUUGUCGGCACCACUCCUAGCACUCGAUAUGUUAUAUUCCCGUUUUUUGAUUUUUUUUUUUAGUAUCACGGAAGAAAGGAGCUUUUCGCGAACAAGUUAAACGCGUAGGCCAAAUUAUCUUGAGGAAAACGACCGAUCAGUUCCUUGCCAUUGACGUUUUAUCGACGUGUUGCACGUGUUUUAUGUAGAAUGGUGGCAAACCGCAUAAUAUCGAUUCAUACAAAUUCUCUUUAAGCAUUUACAAAUUCUACUACUACCACAGGUAAAAGAAUUCUUCUCUCAUGUUUGCAUGAACACAUGCCUUAGACACGUACAUGUUCAAUGCGAUUCGUAGAAAAUGCCGAAUUAAUUAACAAUGAUUUCAUUGAAUGAAAAUCGAGAAACCAUUGUGAUUUCAAUGUGAGUUCGAUUUCAGAAUGUUCUAAAUUUGCGAAAGACGAUCUUGCGUCGUCUGUAACGAAUAGGGUAAGAGGAAUCAUAUACGUGUAUCUGUAGUGUCGAAAAUUGAACUCUAUGAAAUUACAUCGGUUUCAUCCGUUUUUUGUAACUUCUACUUUUAAUGCAAUUCGAAUGUUUUUUCAUUCGCUCAGUAUCGCAAACCAAUCUGUACAUAUGCAAAUAAUAUAUUGAAUAAGAAGAAAUUUAUAUAUGUAUCAUGUUCGUGUCCCCGGAGCCAAAGAAUAUAUCCAAUAAAUAAA